UGCUAGGGGUUCCCCAGGGCCUAACGUAGCUAUUAGAGGUUGAGGCGGGGCCUCGUCCCCCACGUUUGGAGCAGCCCCGCCCCUGUUACCUGAAAGCCACGGCAGUGCCCAGGAACUGAGCGGCCGAGGCGUUCUACCGCCAGCGGUCACAGAUACCUUCUCCGCCCGAGACGUCUAGCCGGAAGCAGUCCGUUCGCUUUAGCAGCCCCGCUUCAUGACUCUAAGCAGUUCCUAUGGGCCCGCCCCCUGGCGCGGGCUGGACUGUUGCGCUUGCGCGAGCAGUAGCACGCAGUCACGCGCCGCCGGUCGCUUCCGGCGCGCCGCAAGGGCCGCCGGGACGGGUCUCCCUGGCGAUAGGAGGUGUGCUGCUGUCGCUGCUGCCGCCACUUCCACCACGGAACGGUGUCGCGGCGACGCCUGUGUCCUCGCUGUUUUCCUCGGGCUCCCCGGGGUUUGGGCCCCGGGGCCCUUGGCAGGCGUCGGUGAAGGGCCUCCGAAGCAAACCUACCCUCGCACACCCGUCCUCCAAGACCCCAUAUCGUGACUCCGAGGAAGAAAAGCAACAGGGGCUGUCGCGACUCCGUGCCGUGUGUCGCCGGGCGGGGUCGCGGGGCUGGGGCUCCUUCAGCCCCCGGGAUGCGCGCGCGAGCUCUCGCCUCCACUUCCUUGUUGCCUCUGUCACGACUGCAGUCGCCUCUCGGAGACAGCCGGGAGCGCGAGUUUUCUGGCCAGCGCCCCCGUCGAAACCCCUGGCCGGGUGCCUCCAGGAAUGUGAGCCGCGCGUCCUGCACGCUCCUCUGGCCAUGGAUGCAUCAUACGAUGGUACUGAGGUAACUGUCGUGAUGGAGGAAAUUGAGGAAGCCUACUGUUAUACCUCCCCUGGGCCACCCAAGAAGAAGAAAAAGUAUAAAAUACAUGGAGAAAAGGCCAAGAAACCCAGGUCUGCUUACCUCCUGUACUAUUAUGACAUCUACCUGAAAGUACAGCAGGAGCUCCCCCACCUCCCUCAAUCUGAAAUCAAUAAGAAGAUUAGCGAGAGUUGGAGGCUUCUCAGUGUGGCCGAGAGGAGUUACUACUUGGAGAAAGCCAAACUAGAGAAAGAAGGUUUGGAUCCUAACUCUAAGCUCUCUGCACUGACUGCUGUGGUGCCGGACAUCCCAGGUUUCCGCAAGAUCCUCCCCCGCUCAGAUUAUAUCAUCAUCCCCAAGAGCAGCCUGCAGGAGGACCGAAGCUGCCCUCAGCUAGAGCUGUGUGUGGCUCAGAACCAGAUGUCCCCUAAAGGAGGACCUCUUGGGUCCAACCCUAGCCCAGAGACAGUGCCCAGCCAUGCUGGCAUGGCAGAACAAUGCCUAGCUGUGGAGGCCCUGGCUGAGGAGGUGGGAAACCUUGCCCAGCCAGGUGCCGUUCAUGAGAUCGCCACCUCAGAGAUCCUUAGCCAGGAUGUGCUCCUGGAGGAGGCUUCCUUGGAGGUAGGGGAGAGCCACCAACCUUACCAGACAAGUCUCGUCAUCGAAGAGACCUUAGUGAACGGCUCACCAGACCUCUCCACCGGAAGCCUGGCUCUGCCCCAUCCCCAGAUUGGGGAGAGCUUGUCAGUGGUAACAGUCAUGAGGGACUCCAGUGAGAGUAGCUCCUCUGCACCAGCCACACAGUUCAUCAUGUUGCCUCUGCCUGCGUACUCAGUUGUGGAGAACCCCACCUCCAUCAAACUGACCACUACAUACACCCGCCGGGGCCACGGAACAUGCACCAGCCCAGGUUGCUCCUUUACAUAUGUCACCAGGCACAAGCCGCCUAAGUGCCCUACCUGUGGUAACUUCCUAGGAGGGAAGUGGAUCCCAAAGGAAAAGCCAGCUAAAGUCAAAGUGGAGUUGGCUUCUGGUGUCUCCUCCAAAGGCUCUGUGGUUAAAAGAAAUCAACAGCCUGUUACCUCUGAGCAGCAUUCCCUUAAGGAAAAUGCCUCCACACUGACUCUGGAGAACUUGGAAGCUGUAAGCCAGCUCCUAAGUAUAGCUCCUCCAAGAGAAACAGGUGAGGAGAAUGAGUGGGAGGAAGUGAUCAUCUCAGAUGCCCAUGUUUUGGUCAAGGAAACUCCUGGAAAUCGUAGUACAGUGGUCACUAAGACACCGGUCAUCAAGAGUGAUGUGCAACCUGAGGUCACCUUGGGGACAGCUGAGAAUGACAGUCCUGGGCAGGACAUCCCACCAGCAGAGGGAACCAGCACUCCUAAUCCACUCCCUGCUUCUAAAAAACCUACAGGAGUUGACCUGCUCAGCCCUGGGCCCAGAGCCCCAGAGCUUAGAGGCAGAGCACGGGGCAAACCCUCAUUACUGGCUGCAGCAAGACCCAUGAGAGCAAUCCUCCCAGCCCCAGCUAGUAUGGGGCGAGGCAACAGCAUGGGACUGCCCAGGGCCAGGCAGGCCUUUCCCCUGAGCGAUAAGACGCCUCCUGUGAGGACUUGUGGCCUGAAGCCAAGCACACUGAAACAGCUGGGCCAGUCCAUCCAGCAGCCAUCUAGCACCGGAGAGGUGAAGCUACCAAAUGGCCCAGUCGAUAGGAUGUCUCAAGUGAAAGUUGUAGAAGUCAAGCCUGAUAUGUUUCCUCUGUAUAAGUAUAGCUGCACUGUCACACUGGAUUUGGGCCUGGCUACAUCAAGAGGCCGGGGAAAGUGCAAGAAUCCUUCGUGUAGCUAUGUCUACACCAACCGGCACAAACCACGGAUUUGUCCCAGCUGUGGUUUUAACCUUGCCAAAGACCGGACUGAGAAAGCUACUAAGGCUAUCGCUGGCUCUUCUUGCCCUGGGGGUUUGGUGAUCGAUCCACUCUCUUCUCAGGAGACGAGUUCACCACUCCCAGAUGUGCUGAGUGCCACAGAGCCUCUGAAUGCAGCCCAGAGGGAGAUCCAACGCCAGUCCACGCUGCAGCUGCUGCGCAAAGUCCUGCAGAUUCCAGAGAACGAGUCAGAGCUGGCUGAGGUCUUCACCUUGAUUCAUGAACUCAACAGCUCUCGACUCAUUCUGUCCAACGUGAGUGAGGAGACAGUCACCAUCGAGCAAACCUCUUGGUCACAUUAUUAUGAAUCUCCAUCCACGCACUGCCUUCUCUGUAGCAGCCCAUUAUUCAAAGGGGGACAAAACUCUCUGGCUGGGCCCCAGGAGUGCUGGCUGCUGACAGCCAGCCGGCUGCAGGUAGUGACUGCCCAGGUGAAGAUGUGUCUGAACCCCCAUUGUCUAGCCCUGCACAGCUUCAUGGACAUCUACACAGGUCUUUUUAAUGUGGGGAACCAGCUGCUAGUAAGCCUGGACUUGCUCUUUGCAAUCCGCAACCAGAUCAAGCUGGGAGAAGACCCCAGAGUGUCUGUGAACAUUGUUCUGAAAUCAGUGCAGGAGCAAACAGAAAAGACUCUGACCUCGGAGGAGCUGAGCCAGCUGCAGGAGCUGCUUUGCAGUGGCUAUUGGGCUUUCGAGUGCCUCACGGUCCGAGACUACAAUGACAUGAUCUGUGGCAUCUGUGGCGUGGCUCCCAAAGUGGAAGUGGCACAGAGGAGUGAAGAAAAUGUGCUUGCACUGAAGAGUGUGGAGUUCACCUGGCCUGAAUUCUUGGGCUCUAGUGAGGUAAACGUGGAGGACUUUUGGGCCACGAUGGAGACAGAGGUGAUUGAGCAGGUGGCGUUCCCUGCCAGCAUCCCUAUCACCAAGUUUGAUGCCUCUGUUAUUGCCCCCUUCUUCCCACCACUCAUGAGAGGAGCUGUGGUCGUCAACACUGAGAAAGACAAAAACCUGGAUGUGCAGCCAGUACCUGGCAAUGGCAGUACCUUGGUGAGGCUGCUCCAGGAGGGUACCUGCAAGCUCGAGCAGAUUGGCUCCUAUAGUGAGGAGCAGCUGCGGCACCUGCUGAGCCAAUGUGGCAUCCCCUUUGGAGCAGGAGACUCCAAGGACCAGCUUUGCUUCUCCUUGUUGACCCUCUAUGAAUCUGUUCAGAAUGGAGCUAGGGCUAGACAGCCCCCACCUCAUUUCACGGGGGGCAAAAUCUACAAAAUGUGCCCCCAUCAGGUGGUUUGCGGCUCCAAGUACCUUGUGCGGGGUGAGAGCGCCCGCGACCACGUGGAUCUGCUUGCCUCUUCCCGCCACUGGCCACCUGUCUAUGUGGUAGAUACGGCCACACCAGUGGCCCUGUGUGCUGAUCUCUGUUACCCAGAGCUGACCAGCCAGAUGUGGGGGAGGAACCAGGGCUGCUUCUCUAGCCCCACUGAGCCGCCUGUGAGUGUGUCCUGCCCAGAGCUCUUGGACCAGCAUUAUACUGUGGACAUGACAGAGGCUGAGCACUCUGUCCAGCACCCUGUCACCAAGACUGCCACACGGCGCAUCGUCUAUGCAGGCACACAGCCCAAUCCUGGUGACCCCAGCACUGGGCACCACUCCCUGGCCCUGUGCCCUGAACUGGCACCCUAUGCAAACAUCCUGGCAUCCAUCGCAGACAGCAAACCCAACACUGUCCGUCAGCGGCCCAUUGCCUUUGACAAUGCCACCCACUAUUACCUCUAUAACCGUCUCAUAGACUUCCUCACCAGUCGUGAGAUUGUCAACCGGCAGAUCCAUGACAUUGUGCAGAGCUGCCAGCCAGGCGAGGUGGUCAUUCGUGACACCCUCUACCGCCUUGGGGUUGCUCAGAUCAAGACAGAGACAGAGGAGGAGGGUGAGGAAGAGGACGUGGCUACAACGGCAGAAUAAUCCAGGCUGUUGUACUGGGAUUCACCACCUCUCUGAAGCCAUAGUAAGGGCUUUUCUCAAGGCAGAUCUAUCCAGGGGACUGGUGGGAGUGUUGACCUUUGGGGAGGGCCUCUGACUGCUGGGACUGACCAAAGAGCUUCCAUUUCCUGAGCAUGGUGGGGCCCAGGGUCCUUGGUCCUCAUCCCCACCAGUCACCUCACCUUUUGGGGGUCAGGAGGGCCACCAGGAAACCCCUUUCUGGCCCUGAGAGAGCACUUUGGGGACAUAGUUGAGAGGCAGAGGGAAAGGCUGGUAUCCGGGGCUUGCUGUGGGUUGGGGCAGAGGGCAGGAAUCCCAGAACGAGAUGGGAAGUCUGCAAGGCAUCUCUUCCCACCACUGAGGAGCCCCAUUUCCAGCCCCUGCAGCCACUUGAGUUCCUUAGCCUGUUGCCUUUGAAUUGGGGCCUUGGAGGCCUCAUUAGCUCUAGGGGUCUCUGGGCACUUGGUUCUCCCCAGAGGAGGGAUGCUUUCUUGCCAGAGCCUACUCUUACUGCCUUCAAAUGUGGGGGAAGCUGAGGAGGGAAAAAUAGCCAGCCACAGCUCCCUUCCAGGACUGUUCUCUCUGCCCCAAACUAUGAGGAAGAGGACCUCCUUCCUUCUUUCCCUGGCCAUUGCUGCUGCACCCUGUAUCCUCUCCAGGCUGUGGGACCCUCACCACAGAGGGGAUGUGGCCCAUGGUCAUGACAUUACCUGGCAGUGGUAGGAAAAACUCCCUUCUGUGAAGGGGAAGCAGACUGGGCCCUAAGGAAACAGCAGGACUGGCUCAAGUGCCCAAGGUUUGCUUAGGGCAUGGGAAUUGGCUGUGUGUUAUUUAAUUUAUUAAGAGGAGUGGAGUAGGUGGCUUUUUUCCCCUCCCUCUUCCCUGAUGAGAAUACAGUUUAUUAAAUUAUCUGGUUUUGGUGAA